AUGACAUUCUGAACCUGGGUGAACUAGUACAACGAAACAGAUAAUAAAAGGGUUAUGUCAAUUAUAAUAUAGUUAUCCCUGAAAGUCACAGGUGCUACUCUCUCUUGCUCUCUCUGUAAACAAACUUCGGCCACAAGCACCACUAACAUGGGUGAUGAGGAAAUAAUUAGGAGGAGGUUGAUGAUUGAUGGAGAUGGAACUGGAGAUGCAAGACUUAUGACAAUGUUUAUGAGGCAGUUCAUUAAGUGGUGUACCACAGAUGAUUCCCCACAAGAAAGUCAAAACCAAUAUGACCGUCUUCUGACACAGUUGGCAACCAUAGAACAUUCCUCCCUGAAGUGGAAGUCAAUUGUGGACAUGAAUAAUGAAGAAAUCAAGAACUAUGAACUUCUGAGGGAAGAGACAAGCAACAAUGUUGAAAAAGCUUGUGUUGCCAUUGAAGAAGCAAAACAAGAACUUGAGGAAGCCAGGCAAGUGCGCCGCAACAGAUUAGAAUAUGAUGCUUUGGCUCGGCUGAUCAAGGAACACCCUCCACGCUCAGACACAGCUAACAAAUUGGCUCACCUCACACAACACCUUCAUUCGCUCAAGUCAAAACGGGAUCAGCUGGAAGAAAAAAUAAGCUUACGACAGAAGCAGCUGCAUGUUUUGGUUACAUCACUACAUCAGUUAAAGCAAACACUGAUGCAUGAUAAUGUGCCCUCCCAAGUUGAUGAUCUCUGUGUUAUUGAUGAGGUAAUUGAUCUCACAGGUACACCCACUGUAACUAUAAAUGAUUCAGGCAUGGACACUGCCUAGUUUGUAAUUGUUAGAAUAUUUAUUGUGAAACAAUAUACUCACCAGUCAACUGUCAUUACUUUGUUUACUUUUUAUUUUUUAGAUACAAGAUUUCAACAAAGUAUAGAUAAUACCCUUGUUUAUCUUGAGAAACUAAUUAGAAAAAAAAUGUGAAAGGUAAAGGCAUAAAUACAAACUUACUUAUUA